AUGGCGUUUACACCACAAUCACUUCCUGAUCUUUCGGGGCAGGUUUACAUCGUAACCGGAGGCAAUGCCGGAAUUGGUUUCAAUACCGUACUGGAAUUGGCAGCUCACAAAGCCAAAGUGUACAUGGGUGCACGAUCUGAGGCCAAAGCCAACGGUGCAAUCGCCGAGAUCAAAAGCCAAUAUCCUCAUGCCGAUGUAUCCAUCUUGGUGAUGGACAUGAUGAGCCUUAAGACCGUCAAAGAAGCGGCCGACGAGUUUGCACGGAAGGAAUCGAGGCUUCAUGGCCUAGUCAACAACGCCGGGAUAAUGGCAACGCCUUAUGAGGAAUCUGUAGAUCAUUACGAAGCUCAAUUCCAGACAAACUACCUCUCCCACUGGCUGUUGACCUACAGUUUAUUGCCUAUCCUCACCAAGUCUGCGCGUUCAACCAGCCCGGGGACAGUCAGGGUUGUCAAUGUUAGCUCUGAUGGUCAUCUCUUGUUUUCCCCCGCAGCAGGAAUCGAUUUUAACGACAUAAAUCAAGCCAAGGGCAGUGCGUGGUCACGUUAUGGUAUGUCUAAGCUAGCCAACAUCCUGCAUGCCAAAGAAUUACAUCGCAGACAUGGCCCGUCAGCUGAGAAUGACGGGCAGGAAGAGAUUUGGACCGCAAGUCUGCAUCCAGGUACCAUCGACACUGGUCUAGGCCGUAAUGCCACCGGUUCACGGGCUUGGCAAGUACUUGUUCCUGUGAUGCGACUUUUCAGGCUCUACAGUCCAAUUGAGACCGCCGCAUAUACAUCUCUCUUCGCAAUCGCGGGCCCAGACUUUCAUCGGGACAUGAGUGGAGAGUAUUUGAAGCCUGUCGGUAUCGUGGGGAAAACAACUCAGACUGCCCAAGACUCCAAGCUGGCACAGGAUCUAUGGUAUUGGACGGAGAAUGAGAUGCGAAAGAAGGGACUCAUUAGCUGA